CAUUCCAAGCGUCGACGAAGACGGCAGGCGAGACGGGGCGGUGUCUUCCACUCCAGCUUCCAGCAUCAUCACCGACCAUCACUUCUCUUCAGGAGUAACAGCAACCAAACCAAACCAAACCGGACUGCUUUGUCACUGGACUGUUUGACUUGGACGUCAGUAUGUCUGACAAGAGUGAGCUGAAAGCCGAGCUUGAGAGGAAGAAACAGCGCAUCGCCCAGAUUCGAGAGGAGAAGAAGAGAAAAGAAGAGGAGAAGAAGAAGAAGGAUGGAGACUCCAAGCGCGCUGUGGAUGCAGGCGCCGAAGACUCGGACCUGGAGAAGAAGAGGAAGGAGGCCGAAGCUUUGCUGCAGAGUGUUGGCAUCACCCCUGACAUACAACACGCCACAGCUCAGCCCCUGAGGGUAGUAACAGAGGAUACCUGUCUAUUUCACUACCUAGUCCCCGCCCCCAUGUCUCCCUCCAACAAAUCAGUGGCCAGCGACGCAGGAAGCCAGGAUUCUGGAGAUGGAAACGCAGGAUCAAGGACAUUGCAUUGGGAUCCUGACCCCUCUACUCUGCAACUCCACUCCGACUCUGAGCUAAUGGGGCGCGGGGCCGUGAGGCUCGGCAUGUCCAAAUUGACCCAAGUGGACAUUGUCCCCAAAGAAAUGGUGUCCUACUCAAAAGAAACCCAGACCCCUACUGAAGCUCACACUGAUCAAAAAGCAGAUGAGGAUGAGGAUGAUGAGAUAACUGCGCCCCCACCAGCAGAGGACGCUCAGGAGGAGAAGGAAGACCAGGAUGACCAACAUGAGGAAGACACCCCCAAAGAGCUAACAGAAGAAGAGAAGCUGCAGGUCCUGCACUCUGAGGACUUCCUGGCAUUUUUCGAGCGAGGCAGCAGGAUUGUAGAGCGAGCGUUGUCCGAGCAGGUGGACGUCUGCUUUGACUACAGUGGGCGAGAUCUGGAGGACAAGGAGGGGGACCUGCAGGCUGGCGCCAAGCUGGUUCUGAACAGACAGUUUGCUGAUGAACGCUGGACCAAAAACAGAGUGGUCACCUGUCUGGACUGGUCCCCUCAGUACCCAGAGCUGCUUGUGGCCUCCUACAACAACAACGAGGACUCUCCUCAUGAGCCUGAUGGAGUGGCACUGGUCUGGAACUUGAAAUAUAAGAAGAGCACACCUGAGUACAUAUUCCACUGCCAGUCAGAGGUGAUGUCAGCCGGCUUUGCGAAGUUUCACCCCAAUCUGGUGGUGGGCGGCACCUACUCGGGACAGAUUGUUUUAUGGGACAACCGCAGCAACAAGCGAACCCCUGUCCAGAGAACGCCGCUGUCUGCUGCUGCACACACUCACCCGGUCUACUGUGUGAACGUGGUGGGAACCCAGAACGCCAACAACCUUAUCAGCAUUUCUACAGAUGGCAAGAUGUGCUCGUGGAGCCUGGACAUGUUGUCCCAGCCGCAGGACAGUCUGGAAUUGGUGUUCAAGCAGAGCAAAGCAGUGGCUGUAACCUCCAUGGCCUUCCCGCUCGGUGAUGUGAACAACUUUGUAGUGGGCAGCGAGGACGGGUCGGUCUAUACCGCCUGUCGCCAUGGGAGUAAGGCGGGCAUCACUGAGGUGUUCGAGGGCCACCACGGUCCGGUGACAGGCCUGAGCUGUCAUACCGCAGUAGGACCUGUGGACUUCUCUCAUCUAUUCAUCUCCUCUUCUUUCGACUGGACUGUCAAACUCUGGAGCACCAAAAGCACCCGCCCGCUGUACUCGUUUGAGGAUAGCUGCGACUACGUGUACGAUGCCAUGUGGUCUCCAACGCACCCUGCACUCUUUGCUUGUGUGGACCUUGCUGGACGUCUGGACCUGUGGAACCUCAACAAUGACACAGAGGUUCCCACUGCCAGCGUGUAUGUGGAAGGGGCUCCAGCGCUGAAUCGUGUGCGAUGGGCUCACUCCGGAAAAGAGAUCGCCACAGGAGACUCUGAGGGACAAGUGCAGGUGUACGAUGUGGGCGAGCAAAUCUGCGUGCCUAAGGCUGACGAGUGGACGCGCUUCGUCAGGACUCUGGCCGACAUCAACGAGAGCAGAGACGAAGCUGAGGAGCUCGCCAACGUUUGAUGGCACAAACGAUCUCCUUUUCAGUUGCUCCCUUAGUACACUACAUUCCUCGAUAACACUACCGGAGCGCCACCAUCCGGCUUCCUUUUCCCACUUACUAGACCCUGUCUUGGCCUGGAGAUGCGUGCAGUGUUAGAAUAUAGACCAUUUUAGAUGUUUGUAGAGAUUGUUUCGUUUUGAGUGCAUUUUAGGGCGAUGAAUGUCUCUGGCAGCAGUACUAUAACAAAAAUCUAGCAUGGAAAACUAGAAAACAAAAGACUAAUUUCAAUUUGGCUGUCAAAUUGGAACCUUUAACAUUCCAGGGCUUCACUGACUGCUCCCAAGGCCUCAAUCAAUAUGCAAACCUUUGUACUUGCACCUUUAUACUAACAUUUUGUUUAUUUUUUAUUUUCCCAAACCAUGUUUUAAUAUUUUUGCAACACCCUAGUGCCCAUGACUGGAAAUGUGUGAGAAAAAAAAUCAAAAGGAUGGACCCUAUACAAACCUGGUUGUGUGCUCUUCAGCACAAAUUGGACACACUAUUUUGCUGUGGCCUGUGCAGGCGAGUGUUAAAUUUUAACCACUGCAAUAUUUAAUAUUUAUUCCGGUGCUUGUACUUAUUUAAAAUAUGCUGCAUAGUCUGACAAAUGCUGCGUUGUACUAAAAGCCAGUGUAGCACACACAGUUAGCACUACAAGCUUUUUACCUGAUCAAACUAUUCAGGCCUCAACUUUAAACAGCUAUUAUUUACUGUGUGUUAUGUUAUUGUUUAAGAACAGUAUUCUAAUUUUUAACAUCGACAUGAAUAUUGAUGAUGGUGUAAUUCAGAGAUCGUUUUUAUAGCUACUACCGUCCAAAUUUUCCUUCUGUCCAUGUAAUAAACUGACUCUCUAGUCUCGGUCAAACUAGUGUUUCUCAAUAUCAAGGACAAUAGUUUGAAACCUUUUUUGUUGUCGUCGUUUAAAAACUGAAAUGAAAAAUUUGAAACAUGUAUUUAAUGACAACAAAACGAUUUUAAAGUCCAUGUAAAGUUAAAAUGUCUUCUGAAUUUGACCCAUCAUAGAGCAGACUGCUGUUACCAAGCAUGCAAAAUUUGACUGAUUAAAAAAAUCGCUAAGUAUAUGAGACUUAAAAAUUGUGAAAAAUUAAUCCUCUCAAACGCUGUGGGUGUCUCCGCUGAAUGCGUUGAAACCUGUGUUUCUUUUUUUUCUGUCCUGUUUGGCUGUUAGGUCAAGCAGAAAGGAAGACCUGUAUCCCUUUUAUGCCAGAAAAGUUUUACUGUGUGACAGUGAACUCUUUCAGCUGCGACUGUGGUUUCUUUGUAUUCUGAUUGAUAUUUUGAAUUACAGUUGUUCAGUCGAACAGAACAAAGUUUUUAAAGGGGAGUGACAGAAAAAACAGGAGAGGAGUGAAAAGGUAACUAAAUAUAGUAAAAGAAGACAACAAAAGACAAAGCACUAGGUGUAAACAAGAUGAGGAAAGUAAAGUAUUUUAUAACUAGUACAAUGAACCAUUGGAUUCGAGUGUUGUAUGGAUCAGUAGAGCUACAUCCUGUGAGGGAAGGACAGGACAAUAUAGGACAUGACGGGGAAGCAUGCAGGACAGGGCCUGUGAUCCUGGCUGUACAAAUGAAGCCUAAGCCCACAGAGUAACCAAUCCACGCCCAGUCUGAAGGCGAGACGGUGUCUCCUGUUUGGUGGAAAGGAGGGCCCAUAGGGGCGCCCGACAAGGGGACAAUAAAGGGGGGUUGGGGGGUUAGGGCAACCCGGAGAGCAGCCAUUGGGCAUGAGAGGGGAGCCCCCACAACAAGCAGCCAUCCAGCCCCAGGAGCACCGCCAUGAACCUAGUGAGAACCCCCCCACGCCCCGUGUUACUAUGACUGCCAGGUCCAUGACUGUCCAAUUGGCGAUGGUCAUGAUCAUGAUCAUGGUCACCAGAACUGGGCUCCUCAAAAAGGUUGCUCCUUCCUUAUGCUGUACAACUAUAGGAUUUAGGAUACUUUAGGACAUGCAUCCUUUGAACGUAUCUAAAAGAUUUCGUUGAGGGAUUUCCUUCAAGUGUUUAGCAUUCUUGAAAUGUUUGCUGUUCCGUCCUUAACAAUGAGAAACCCAUUUUGAAAGCACGUUGCAACCACACGAUGGCGGAGAACGUUCUUCUGCAAACGUGUUGUACUGUUGAUAUGAGGGCUGCACUUCCUCAUUGGAAUAAAACUCAGUCUGUGUUUGUAAAAUUAAAACCACAUAUUUAUUUCAAUAAAAUGACUGAACUUUUAAGCAUA